AUGAACAGGUUCGGCUUUGGUACUAAUAACACUCCCGCAAACAACGGGGCGGCUCCCAAAGGGUUCUCGUCCCCUACAAGUGGCCGCAUUGCUCCUCCUUCAUCUGGCCAGGCCCAAACAUUGUUUGUCGCCAACUCUCCUAACAACCAGAUCGCCCUCAGCGGCUGUGUUGCCACCAACAACUUCCCUAGCGGCUCGUUGGUGAUCAUCGAUGACACUUUCGUGGUGACUACUGUGCAAUCCCGAGAGUUGAGUCCUGGCCAACUAGGGCUCAAUGGGUCGCAAAGAUCGUGGAUGCAAUUCUCACUUAAUCAAUCGAUCCAGGUCCAACCUUACAGAGUUAAUGCCGGCAAUAUCUUAUCGUCCGUCAAUAUGGAAAUCAACUUCAGAAAUAAAAAUAAAGGAACUCUCAUCAAGGACCCAUUUGACCAAGACGACGUCCAGAAACACUUUAUUUCGGUGUUCAACGAUCAAGUGUUGCAGCCAACUCAACAACUCUUGUUCGAUUACAAGUCGUUGAUCUUUGAAUGUUACAUCAAAUCCAUCCAAGUGAUGAACAUGACCGAUAUGGAAUCCGGACAGCAAGUCAACAAUUUCAUGAGCUCAAUCAGUGCCAAAGGGAUCCUUAACCAGAAAACCUCGAUCAAUUUCUUUUCGAACCAGCAACCGCAAGUGCCAUUCAAGGCCUCGGCCACCAGAAUGAGACCCGACGCUAUCAUUAGACCAGAUUUCAAGUUCGAAGAUAUGGGAGUCGGGGGUUUGGAUAAUGAAUUUUCCCAAAUUUUCAGAAGAGCGUUUGCUUCAAGAAUUUUCCCUCCAGGAUUAAUUGAUAAAUUAGGGAUCAAUCACGUCAAAGGUUUAUUAUUAUAUGGUCCCCCAGGUACCGGUAAAACCCUUAUUGCCAGAAAAAUCGGGAAAUUAUUGAACGGGUCAGCCGAACCAAAGAUCGUCAAUGGUCCAGAAAUCUUGUCGAAAUACGUUGGGAGUUCCGAAGAAAACAUUAGAAACUUGUUUAAAGAUGCUGAGGCCGAAUACAAACAAAAGCAAGAGAACUCGUCGUUACACAUCAUUAUCUUUGAUGAAUUGGAUUCGGUAUUCAAACAAAGAGGGUCUCGUGGUGACGGUACUGGGGUCGGUGAUAACGUGGUCAACCAAUUGUUGGCCAAGAUGGAUGGGGUUGAACAAUUGAACAAUAUCUUGAUCAUUGGUAUGACCAACAGAAUCGAUUUGAUCGAUAAUGCGUUGUUGAGACCAGGUAGAUUUGAAGUGCAAGUGGAAAUUAAAUUGCCAGAUGAAAAAGGUCGUAGACAAAUUUUCGAUAUCCAUGCUAAAAAAAUGAAAGAUAAUGAGUUGUUGGGCAAUGAUAUUGAUUUUGAUAAGUUAGCAGCGUUGACCAAGAAUUUUUCAGGGGCAGAAAUCGAGGGGUUGGUGAAAUCCGCAGCGUCGUUUGCCAUUAAUAAAUCCAUCAAAGUGGGGACCGUGGCUAACGUUGAUAUAAAGAAAGUUUCGGCAAUGAAGGUGUCAAUGAAUGAUUUCCUUAUGGCCCUCGAAGAAGUCAAGCCGGCAUUCGGGGUGAGUGAAGAUGAUUUGAAGGACACUUUCAACGGAGGGAUCAUUCCAUAUUCGAACCAGAUCAACUCAAUUAUUAAAACUGGUCAAACUUUUAUCAACAGAAUCCAAGAUCCCAAUGGUAACACCAACUUGCUUAGCAUUUUGAUCCAUGGUCCUAGUGGUUCCGGUAAGACCGCUUUGGCGUCUUCCAUUGCCCUUAAUUCCCAAUUCCCAUUCAUCAGAAUGAUUUCUUCGGCACAAAUUGUCGGGAUGUCUGAAUCUGCCAAGAUCACUUAUAUUGAUAAUGCAUUCCGUGACGCUUACAAAUCGCCGCUCAACAUUUUGGUGAUUGAUCAAAUUGAAAGUUUGAUCGAGUAUGUGCCGAUCGGUCCACGUUUCUCCAACAACAUUUUACAAGUCCUUAAGACAUUGAUCACGAAGACCCCACCAAAGAAUCGUAAAUUAUUGAUCUUUGUCACCACUUCUUCGCAUUCUCUUGUCAAGAACUUGGAUCUCUUGGGUAGUUUUGACAAUGACCUUGCGGUGCCUAACUUGACCAACAUCAAUGAUGUCUCCAAUGUGUUGAGAUACCUUAAUUACGGUAAGGAUGAUAGAGAACGUGAGUAUGUUGUCAAUAAGAUUGGCAAGUACCUUGCAGACACUCCUUUGAACAUCGGGAUCAAGAAGGUGUUGAGUGAUAUCGAGACCUCCAAGUAUACCGAUGACCCAUUGAAUGAGUUGGCGGAAUUAAUUGUCAGUAAUAAUAACAGAUAUUAG